AUGGAAAAGACAAAGGAAGCUGUCAAGGAUGUAUUUGGACCAGUAAAUCCACGAGAGGAUAUCACGCAGGAAAGGUUAUCCGAAUUGACACUCGCUGUACGGAAGAGGAUUGAAGGUGCUACGGAGGAAGAGCGAAAAUCUACCAUGUGGCUACCAUAUCUCCUCCCCUCGCGGGAUCAGGAGAAUUACGUCCUGGAGGAAUCUGGCGUCCUCUCGGCUUCGGAAGCCUCGUCACCACAAAGCAAUUCCAGCCUCCGCCAUCUCCUAGAUGAGACCUCCGACCUCAUCGACUCCCCACAAUUCAGCCAAAUAUUUACCCUUCUCAACAACGAAGCCUUCUCCACCCUAAUCGAUAAAAACUGCGCCAUCGAAGCCUUCAAUAAUCCCCUUCCUUCUCACCACCACUCAUCCUCCACGCCACAGCACCAUCAGCAGCAACAACACCUGCAAAAUUUCUCCUCAUCCGUGACCCUCACUCCGGCCACGUACACCUCCGCCCCCACUACACCCUCUAAGGCCAAGCUCGCAACUAUCCUCGCCGUAAUCGCGCGCCAAGCCCAUGUCAUCGGAAACGGCACCAAACCCCCCAAUGACUACCUCACAGCCAUGGAACAAGGCGUGCGCGAACUAGAAGCCUUCGCCGCCGUUGUCUAUAGCACCAACUUCGCUGACGUGACGCUACCUCUCCGCGGCUCGGACAAGGAGGACUGUUCGAUUUGGUCGGGAGAACACUUUCCCUCAGCGACGGCUACUAGUGGAAAUGCUGACAAUGCCAAUAAUGCGUCGCGCCAGGGUUCAAGUGGUUCCCCUGCACCGAGGGCGGACGUUGGCGAGUUGGGCAGCGGCGGGAAAGGUGACGUGGCGGAUAUAGGGGGUGAGGAGAGCGCUGAUGCCCUGGGGAUCCAACAGCGUGAGCAUCCGUCGGUGCCGCCCGCUGGUGGGGGUAAUGAUGACGGUGACGGCGAUGGCACUCCGAGUUUUGAGAAAGUGUGGGGGAGAGCGGUUGAGCAACAGCAGCAGCAACAGCAGGCUCUUCUUCCCGCUGCAUUGCACUGCACCGCACCAGAGCAAUUGCUUAGACCCCCGACUGAAAAAUCGAGCGACAUUGGCGCAAUCAAGUCAUUCCGAAACAUGAGAACGAUCGCCCAUAUGUAUGGGCGCAAGUCCACCUGUGGAUGGCAUCGAAACAAAUCCCCCGCCAUAAAUCAAGCCAAGUCACGCCGGCGGGCCAAGUCCCCGAAGUCAGGCGGGAAAAGGCCAGGCUUGGCGUUCAUGAGCCUCGCUUGGACUCUUCCACGCGGAUGGACAUCGCAAGCCAACUACCAACAACCAGCCAACAACCAGCCAACCAUCACACGCCUUAUCGCAUGGUGGGGGUUUCGAGGUCGUCGCUGGUGGAUCAUGGCUUCAGUUACAACCACGACUGCGAUGGCUUCCCCAACACCUACAGUGAGGGCAACUCCUCAGGGAGGGAUUUUUGACCAUUCUAAUCCGUCGAAAUAUGACCCCAAGAACCCCAUCACUCUCUUCAUCAUUCAAGCAGGCCUUAUCAUUAUCAUAUGCCGGGCUCUCCAUUACCCUCUCUCAAAGAUUCGCCAGCCUCGGGUCAUAUCUGAGGUUAUUGGUGGCAUUAUUCUAGGUCCGUCAGUCAUGGGAAGGAUACCUGGAUUCCGUGCUGCGAUCUUCCCGGAUGAAUCGAUACCCAAUCUCAAUCUCGUGGCCAACCUAGGACUGGUUCUUUACCUGUUUAUGAUUGGCGUUGAAACAAAUAUGCGCUCCAUGUUGAGCAAUUGGAGGGUUGCCGUAAGUGUGUCUGCAGCGGGAAUGGUCCUACCGUUCGGGUUCGGCUGUGCAGUUUCAUAUGGCUUGUACAACGAAUUCAGAGACGACCCAUCUCUGACCCCGAUCAGUUUUGGAACCUACGCUCUCUUCAUUGGUAUCGCAAUGGCUAUCACGGCCUUCCCUGUCCUCUGCCGUAUCCUAACGGAGCUUGAACUCCUCAACACGACAGUAGGCGAGAUCGUGCUUUCUGCUGGAGUCGGUAACGACAUUGUUGGCUGGAUUCUCCUCGCCCUCUGCGUUGCUCUUGUCAACGCAAGUACUGGACUGACUGCCCUUUGGGUCUUGCUGACUUGUGUUGGAUUCGUCCUAUUCUUAACUUUCGCUGUUCGGCCCGUGUUCAUCUGGUACCUGAAGCGUACUGGCAGUCUACAUAAUGGCCCUGAUCAGUCUGUGGUCGCGCUGACUUUACUUCUCGCACUGGGUGCUGCAUUCUUUACUCAGGUUAUAGGUGUGCACGCAAUUUUUGGUGCGUUUUUAGUCGGACUCAUCUGCCCGCAUGAAGGAGGGUUUGCCAUAAAGACCACGGAGAAGAUCGAAGAUUUAAUCGGAGCCAUCUUCCUUCCUCUAUACUUUGCGCUUUCUGGGCUUAACACUAAUAUUGGGCUGCUGGAUACCGGAAUAAUCUGGGGUUACGUGAUCGCUGUUAUCGUCAUUGCUUUUGUAGCUAAAGUCUCUGGAGGGAUGCUUGCGUCUCGACUGAAUGGUCUUGUUUGGAGGGAAAGUGCUGCUAUUGGCGUAUUAAUGAGCUGUAAGGGGUUGGUUGAACUUAUUGUCCUGAACAUCGGUCUUCAAGCGAAAAUUCUCAGCAGCCGAACUUUUACGAUAUUCGUCGUCAUGGCGCUUGCUACUACAUUUGCUACGACACCGCUUACUCUUUAUCUGUACCCGGAGCCGUAUCGAGAUAGAAUGGAGAGGUGGAGGCGCGGCGAGAUCGACUGGGAUGGAAAUGAAAUCUCGUCUGAGAGUGACCCUUCAGGUAGUUCAGGUAUCGCCCAGCAGAAAGCACGAGGUUCAUCUACCCAGAAGCUCCUCGUUUAUUUACGACUCGACAACUUGGCAGGGCUGUUUACCUUUGUCUCUCUGUUGGGUCUUGGAGAUGAUACAAAAACUACUAGCAGUAAGGUCCACCAUCGCCAUGAGGACCGGAAAAACGAGAUCCCCGCCAGCAAAGAACGCCCUGUGGAAGUUCAUGGGCUUCGUUUAAUUGAACUUACGGACCGUGAUUCUAGUGUAAUGAAGGUAUCAGAAGUUCGUGAUUACAGCUUCAGCGACCCAAUCCUGAAUACGUUCAGGACCUUUAGCCAGCUGAACACACUUGUUGUGUCUGGUGCUGUCGUUAUUUCUCCUGAGCACGCGUACGCCGAGACCAUUGUCAACAAGGCUCGUGAUCUCUCAUCAGAUUUUAUUCUUCUUCCUUGGAGCGAAACAGGGGUCAUGAGUGAACAUCAGAUUCUCCUCUUCGACGAUAAAACAGAAAAAUUCUCGAGCGGACCUCAUGCUGCAUUUGUGUCUAAUGUCUUGAAACAGGCGAAAUGCCCUGUUGGAGUUUUUGUUAACAAAGGGUUUGGCGGACCACAGUUAACCAGGCCGCAACCUGGACAUUUGAGCCGUUCCAUGAGCGGUACUAGUGUUUAUAAAGCAACCGACAUUACGUUGUCUCCGGCUCUGAACCAAGGACACCAUAUUUUCUUUCCUUACCUUGGGGGUGCAGAUGAUAAAGUUGCACUCCGCCUCGUCCUCCAGCUAGCUAAAAACACAGCCGUAACUGCUACGAUUUUGCAUGUUGAUACAAACGAUGAAACUAGCGCCGCCUCUCCUGCGCAAGGAGGUCCCAAUACGCCAUCAACUUCAACCUGUCAGGAUAAGGAUACUGAUAAUUCCUUCUUUAAUACCCUCCGUGAUUCCAUACCAGAGGCACUCAGUUCCCGUGUGAUUUUCCAGGAUCUUACAACAGCGCCAGCAACUAUAGUCACUGCUGUCCUCGACGCCGCAAAAGCUGACGUUGGAAAUUCGAAGGAAAAUACCGGCGACCUGGUCAUCGUCGGCCGUAGUAACGUGGUCACUGGCACACUGACAUCCGCAGGACUGUCGUCCUCAGGAGAGAUCGGUUCGGAAGCAAAGAGGGCACUCGGUGCGCUUGGCGAGGCGAUGACGUCAACGUCGAAUGCCGUCCAAGCGAGUGUGCUUGUAGUGCAGGCUGGUCCGAACGUAUAA